AUGCCGCCAUCCGUCUCUCUAAGAGAGGAGACAGUAGAUGGAGACACUCUUAAGGUUAUUGUUCAAGCAACACACCGCAAAAGCAACGAUCAUCCCGGCUGUAUCCGCGCAUCCACCAACUCCCUCCGCCUGGCAUUAGCAAGACAUUCAAAAGAACUCUUAGAGCAACUCUCUUCUCCUCCAUCACGCCUCAGGAGGCAAAGCACUUUCUGA